AUUCUACUCGUCAAUGUCAUCGUUCUCAGUUUGGCGCCAAAGUUAGCUCUGUUCUGUGGGGUUUAUUAUUAGGGUUUCGUUGAUUUUGGUAGGGAUUAGGUUUCAUCAAUGGCUUCCUCACCUCCUUCUAAACGCCGUCGUAAAAGCCUCACUGUUGAUGGUACCUUUGAGACCUUACUUGCAACUUCUUCCUCCGUUAAUCGAUUGUCCCCUGUCGUCGUUUUCGCUCACGGUGCUGGUGCCUCUUCUUCUUCUGAAUGGAUGAUCAGAUGGAAGGAUAUGUUAGGCAAGGCAUUGCAUGCUGUUGAAGUUGUCACCUUUGACUAUCCAUAUAUUUCUGGUGGAAGGAAAUCUCCUCCCAAGGCAGAAAAAUUGGUUCCAUAUCAUGUAGAAAUUGUCAAAAGGACGAUUGCAAAGUAUCCUGGGCACCCUUUGAUUUUGGCGGGUAAAUCAAUGGGUUCGAGAGUAAGUUGCAUGGUAGCUUGUGAGGAAGGCAUUCAUGCUUCUGCAAUUAUUUGCUUGGGGUAUCCCUUGAAGGGCUUGAAAGGGGAUGUGCGAGACCAGAUGCUGUUGCAAGUUACCGUUCCUAUCAUGUUUGUACAGGGUAGCAGGGAUGCUCUAUGUCCUUUAGAGAAGUUGGAGGAUAUUCGGAAGAGGAUGAAAUCAAUCAGUGGAUUACAUGUUAUUGAUGGUGGUGACCAUUCUUUCCAGAUUUCAAAGAAAUACCUUCAAGGCAAAGGUUCGAGUAAAGACGAAGCCGAAAAUCUUGCUGCUCAGGCCCUUGCCACUUUUGUUUCUGGGUUUCUUGGAUGGCUUUAACCAAAGCUUCAUUUUCCUUGUACAAAUGUGUCUUUUUAGAGGUUGAUUUUGUAACAUAGACGGUUGUAAUGUCAACUUAUAAAUUUGCAUCUUAAAUUAUAUAUGCUAGUUUUAAUACCUCCCCUUUCUCUUUUUAGUUAGUUUUGGUCAAUAGGGAACUCAUUUUCCUUUACUGUUUUGUUUAAUUUCAUCAAUGAAAUUUCAAUCACUUUUA